AUGUCAGUCAUUGCUGACUUACCCUCAUUGUAUGCUUUUGAUGAAAAUAAACCGGUGUUGGUAUUCACAGAUGCCUCCCAAUUGGCUAUUGGAGCAAUAAUCACUCAAGAACAUCUAAUCCAAGGUCAAAAACUGUUGGUCCCAGUGGCGAUGGUAUCUCUCCGACUUUCAGCUACUCAACAACGUUACAGUACUUUAGAACGAGAGUUGCUCACCAUUGUGUAUGUACUACAGAAGUACAAACAGUUUAUGAGCAGGGAAGUCCAAUUCUAUACCGACCACCAGGCGAUAACGACAAUUGGCUCUGCUAAACUGGAACCAGCUAAUCGUAUCAAACGGUUCAUCGAUAUUAUUCAAUCCUUUAAUCCUUCCAUAUAUUUCAUUCCGGGGCAGUUCAAUUUUAUAGCAGAUUUUUUAUCCCGAUAUAAUUUGGACAAAAUACCUCAUGAACUUAAUGAAGAAGCAAUUUUGAAUCAAACACUGUCGAUUUACCUUCCCACACUUCGGACUACUGAACCAAUACCACUUGCACCAAUCCAACCAGUGCAACGACACCACAUUCAUAUUGACAAUCUUACCGACAAUCAACUACAACAAAUACAUGAUCAACUUUGUGGCUCUUAUGAAAACAAUAAUUCGAAUGAACUUUUACCAACAGAUCAAUUUGUCAUUCUUCAGGAUCAAUUUCAUGUGGUCUUAUCCUCCACACAGGUGGUACCAGUGGUUACGGCAGAUACGUUAGCCAACACUGCAACCAAGGUUCAUGAGCAUCACCAUGCUUCAAUUAGAGUGACCGACUACCUCGUCUCGAAGAUUCAAUGGCACCCAAAUCAUAAACUUCUUUGUACCAAUGUGAUUCGGAAUUGUCUGGUGUGUCAACUAUCCAGUACUUUUGAAACAGCACAUCGUGAAUUAUAUCCGUUGACACCAACAAAAACCUUUUCCCGAUGGGGGCUCGAUUUUAUUGGUCCCUUACCGAUGAGCGACAACUUAUCAUGCUGCCUUAAUGCCAUUGAAUAUGUCUCGGGUUUAAUUUAUAGCUGGCCUUGUUCAUCACCCAACUCUGAUGUGGUUAUUCUGAUGUUGAAUCUCAUCCGUCAAGUUCAUUCGACUCCAGUCGAAGUCAUCACUGAUAAUGGUUCAGCCUUCACCUCCAAUGCCACGCAAUCUUUUUGUGCCACGGCAGGCAUCUCCAUCAAAUAUGCUAGUGUAUACCAUCCGAUGUCCAAUGGACGGAUGGAGCUUGGGAAUAAACUCCUAAAGAAGAUAUUGAAAUCUAUGACGGACGCCUAUUACACCAAAUGGCCCCAGGUCUUAGCCAAUGCAGUCAUGGUUUAUAACUCCACACCAACUACUUUUAACAAAACACCAUAUUAUUUGCUGAUAGGCAUUUCCACAGAUAUGUCUGAAUUCACCACUUAUUUGGCCAAUGAAUUUGAAUGGAAAGAGGGACAGUUAUCACAAUCUUCAUUAUUGCAGGACCUCCAUAAUGACGUACAAGUUCGACUUGCUGAAUUGGAUGGUGUAAAUAAAAACGUUGAAAAACAUAAUGAUCUUAGGGUUCGUCGAAUGGCUUAUAUUAAUCUGAUGAGACAACCGUUCCAAAAACCGGCUUCAUUUAUUAAAGGCGAUUGGGAUUUGCUACGCCGUAGAGUCAAACGUAAGAAAUCUGAAUAUAAUUAUAUGGGACCAUAUCAAAUUGCUAAGGUAUUGGACAAACAUGCCUAUGUUAUUUGCGAUACUAAUGGAAACAUGAUAAAUGGGACGAUACAUCACGAUGAUUUGAAAUACUGCUAUUCUUUUAAUGAUAACUCCAUAUCCAGGCCCUAA